GUGUCCCUCAUCCACAACGAUAUCACUUCUCACCCAGAAGAGAAUGAUGAUAUUACCCGUAUUCUGCAAACCAGAAUUUAUCGCUCCUCUCGCUCAGACGGAGCAUACCUUUUCAAUGUUACUGAAUGUAAAAAACAGUAUACUGAUCAACAGUGUAUGGUCGAGUUGAAGAAACAACACCCCAAAGUACACGCUUGUAUGGCUCUUAGUGAUGGAGCAAUUCGUUACCUCGAAGUUUACGUGACUGAUGCCAACGACGUAAAUGACAUCGCUCGAACUGGUAUCAAUUUCAGUGAAGCAAAGCUGCAAGUACUUCCUUGCAAAGCGAUUGCCGACCAAUCACAGGUCAUUAGGUUAAAGCUCUCUCAUUUGCCUAUGUUUACUUCAGAAGAGGUGCUCAGUGGGCUUAAUACUAGUUUAGCAAUUUUUGGAACCAUAGGUAGCGGAUAUGUAGUACUUGACGUAUAUCAGCCCAAGAAUACUCCUCCCUCCAUGAAGUUUCAACAGCUAAGUCACCAGGUUAAUUGGAUGGAAUCAAGUACUGAAGUCUUCCGAGCCACUUGGAACAACAUGCCUAUCACUACAAUGCCAACGUGGUGCCGAUAUUGCCAUCAAGAUGGUCACACCAAAUUUACUUGUGAAACUUCUAGAGCUCGCAUUUUAUGUUACUCCUGCCAUGAACAAGGACACCGAUCUUACGAAUGUCCCCGAAAGUAUUCGACAAACAUCUUAAACAAGAAACAGAACAGAAAAACAGGCAAGUCUCUUGAACGUAAGAUCACCAACCGUGCGCAGUCAGUCGAGUCCCCAGCACCUAAGGAAGACCAACCUCAUGUCACUGCAAUGAGUAAUACUCCAGAGAAAGAACACUCAGAGAAAGAGGAUCCAAACGAAGAGGACAUA